AUGUCCCGGCUGCUGUCUGCCCCGCGGGCCGCCUCGGGCGCCCCGGUCCGGCCCGCCACCGUGCUGGGCGCCAUGGCGAUGGGGGACAGCUUGGACGCAGCCGCCAGCGCCGCGGCCGUGCGCGCCUUCCUGGAGCGCGGACACACCGAGAUAGACACGGCGUUCGCGUAUAGCGACGGCCAGUCCGAGAGCAUCCUGGGCGGCCUGGGGCUCGGGCUGGGCGGCGGCGACUGCAGAGUGAAAAUUGCCACCAAGGCCAAUCCAGUGGGUGAAAAUUCACUGAAGCCUGAGAGUCUCCGGUUCCAGCUGGAGACGUCGCUGAAGCGGCUGCAGUGUCCCCGGGUGGACCUCUUCUACCUGCACCUGCCGGACCACAACACCCCCGUGGAGGAGACGCUGCGCGCCUGCCACCAGCUGCACCAGGAGGGCAAGUUUGUGGAGCUGGGCCUCUCCAACUAUGCCUCCUGGGAGGUGGCCGAGAUCUGUACCCUCUGCAAGAGCAACGGCUGGAUCCUGCCCACCGUGUACCAGGGCAUGUACAACGUUGUCACCCGGCAGGUGGAAACAGAGCUCUUCCCCUGCCUCAGGCACUUUGGAUUGAGGUUCUACGCCUACAACCCUCUGGCUGGGGGCCUGCUGACUGGCAAGUACAAGUAUGAGGACAAGGACGAGAAACAACCUUCGGGCCGCUUCUUUGGGUAUAGGUGGGCUGAGUUCUACAGGAAUCGCUACUGGAAGGAGCACCACUUCAAGGCCAUCGCCCUGAUGGAGAAGGCCCUGCAGGCUGCCUAUGGGACCAGCGCCCCCAGCAUGACCUCGGCCGUCCUCAGGUGGAUGUACCACCACUCCCAGCUGCAGGGUGCCCAUGGGGACGCGGUCAUCCUGGGCAUGUCCAGCCUGGAACAGCUGGCACAGAACUUGGCAGCGGCUAAGGAAGGGCCCCUGGAGCCAGCCGUCGUGCAGGCCUUUGAUCAAGCCUGGCACCUGGUUGCCCAUGAGUGUCCUGACUACUUCCUAGACCUCUCUUGACUUGAGGUGGCCGAGGGACCCUCUGCCUGUCACCUCUUUCAUUCUCUCACCCUGGUUGGUUCUGGCAUUAAGCUACUUUAGCCUUUCCUCAUCAUCCCAGUUCACAAACUGUUUAUUUCCUAUAUUCUUGCAAUACUCUCAGUUGCCCUCAUGAUGUGAAAAGGCCAGGGCUGUGAUCUACUCGGUGUUUUCUCUCUGAAUAAAGCAGGCACUUGACGUGGCCGUAGCCGAGGCCCAGAGCAAACCUGGUGAAUCUGUUUCCUCUGCUGCUGGCCUGUCUCCUGUCCUCCCCAGGGGCAUGGUGAGAAGGGGCAGGAGUGUGGAGUAGUCUUCAAAGGGCAGAGGCAGUGGGAGGGUCUUUCCAACCUCCUACCCUGAACCCAGCCUGACCUCUCCACUGCAGCGCU